CCUUGCUCUUCUUCUCCCCCGACCCUCUACACUUGACGAGCCCACCCCGUCACCGCCACCCAUUUCCGGCCGGAAAUCCGGCAAAGCUUGGGGAUUUCUCCCUAUUUUCUUGUCUUAGAACACCUGUUGAACCCAGAAAAUCCCAGAUCUGCGUCUUCCUCCCUCUGCUGUCCGUCGGCUUCAACUUGUGGGUUUGAAAUUUCUGGGCGUUUUUCGCCCGUGAGCCCCCCUGCAGAUGCCGUUAGCUUCCUUCCCAGUCGGAACCGGCCUUUGCUUGCCGGAAAUUCUGGUAAAUUGCCGGCUCUUCCAAGUUUGAAUUACCCAUUUAAUUGCUGGGUUUUGUCCAUUAGUUGAUGCUCUGUGUUGUCCGAAUCUGCUGGGAUAGGGGAUGAAUUUGGCAGCCCUUUUAAAUGUGUUUUAAGCUUGAUUAUAUAGGAAAUUAACUUGAAUUGGGUUGUUGUGAUUUUGGAGAAAAAUCCCGUGAGAUUAGUUAUUGUUUGGCCACUUUCGGAAGUUGAAGUUACUGUUCGCGGGUACUGUUCAUAGGCACUGUUCACACACCGAGGGUCCAUAAUUAGCGGGGAUUUAAAUGAUUAGUUUGUGAUAUAAGAAUGAAUGUGGGGAUGUCCGGUUAUGUGGAGAUUGAUAGAAAUAACACUGUGAUUAGGGGUAGUGCUAAUGAUGAUUUCAUCGUGAAUUUGUGGUAAUACGAUAAUUAAUUAUGGAUAUUUUGAUUAGGUUUCCGAUCGUUCUGUCAGUUAGCAUUAAGAUUGAAUCUUCAGUUUAUGCGAGUGAGGUAAGUAAAUUUAUGGUAAUGCCUAUAUAGUUUUUAAAAGCAUGUUUUGAUUUGUUUUUGAAGUGGUGGCGGGACUAAACUCGUUUUACACGAGCAUGACUGAUUUGAAGUGAAAUUUUUAUGCUUUUCAUUAAAUUGAGCAUGCCUACUUGAAAGUUUAAUUGAUUAUCCUGAUGAUUUGAAAGUGAUUGUGAAUUAUGAUUUUUCUGUUAACUUCUGCCUAUUUUGUCUUCGAUGUGGAUAUGUUAUUGAUGAUCCUGCUAGUGGGGGUUAAACGCUAGCACAUGUCGGCGCAUGUCGAUAUGUUAUUGAUGAUCCUGCUAGUGGGGGUUAAACGCUAGCACAUGUCGGCGCAUGUCGAUAUGUUAUUGAUGAUCCUGCUAGUGGGGAUUAAACGCUAGCACAUGUCGGCACCUGUCGAUAUGUUAUUGAUGAUCCUGCUAGUGGGGAUUAAACGCUAGCACAUGUCGGCACCUGUCGAUAUGUUAUUGAUGAUCCUGCUAGUGGGGGUUAAAUGCUAGCACUUGUCGGCACAUGUCGAUAUGUUACUGAUAGAACCGGUUCGUUCCUGUAACCUUGCUAGUGGGGGUUAAACACUAGUAAUUUCUGUUGCCUGUCAGUGGGUUGUUAUAACACUGGCCAUGACUUAUAGAUGAGACUACUGAACUGAGUUUUCUUCUACAUUAACGGUUUGUCAGGAAACGUUUUGUUAUUGAACUGAAUUUGAUUUUGCAUUGACGGUUUUGUCAUUGAACGUUUUGCUAUUGAAUCGAAUUUGAUUUCCGCAUUAACGGUUUAUCAGUGAAAGUUCUAUUAUACUUACAUGGUUUAUCUGGCAUGCUAAAAGUUUUACCCAAGGGCUAUCCAUAUUUACUUACUGAGUUAUCUCAUAGUUUUUUUUGUCCACCAUUUCAGGAAGCGAUACCGAGGGCGGGGAAACUGAGGGGAGUGACGAGUUAGAAGGCUAGCCAUUUCGAGAUUGAUAUAGAUUUUAGAAAUAAAUCGUGAUUUUGUAA